AUGUCUGCAACUUCUGCCUCGAAUAGAAGCAACGGACAAUAUUUCCUUGUCAUUGAAGGCCUUCCCAAGCGGUACACAUGGCAAGACCUCAAGGAUCUCAUUCGCUGCAAAGCAAACCACGGCAUUUGGACAGAGAUAACGCUCUGGCCAAACGGUCAGCCAAGUGGCAAAGGUCAUGCGCGGGUGCAGAGGCAAGAUGAGGCAUACAAGCUCUACAGAUGGCUCACGGAGAACGUGGUCGAGAAUCGAAACCUCAGAGUCCACCUAUGGGACAUCAGCAACGGCCCGGCCAUGUUUGUGCAAUGCAACUGUGGCCUCAGCCCACAAUUACAUCCUCCGAGCACACAGAUUGCACAGAUGGCACUGCGACCUGGAUGGCAAAGCUUCUACCCGUACCCAUCGCCGCCAAUGGCUGCUAUGCCUCCAGCUGCGCCCAUGCCUAUCCCGCAACCACCUCAACAACCGAUACAGUCGCCACAACAGCAGCUCAUGGCAGCCAUGGCUGCAAUGAAUCUAAACCCAGAAAACCAAACCCACGUUGAACAAUUCCGGCACUAUUACGCCCGCCAAGCGCAAGCAGCACAGAUGCAACAGCAGCAACAAGCAAUGCAAUACCCCGUCUACACCAGAAACGCUGCUACCGGCCCACCCAUCAACACCGCCAACGGCGUGGUAAGAGUCGAGGCACGAGGGAUAUUCGUCUCUGGCCUAAACUUCAAAGCCCGCACCCGCGACGUCGAAGCCUACUUCAGCAAAGUCGGCGACAUCGUCAAGUGCGAAGUCCAAAAGGACCCCCAGACCGGCAAAUCCAAAGGCAACGCCACGAUCAAAUACGCCUCCGCCGAAGCAGCGCAAAGGGCCCUUCGAACUUUUGAUGGCACUCCUUUCAUGCAAAUGACGCUCCACGUCCGUUUCGACAAGGAUCAGACGCCGAUCACAUCCCCGCCUGCUGCAGGUACUAGCAGCCAACCGGCUCGCAGCAGCAACGAACCGACGAUUGUGAACGGGAGCGCACAGGUGCGUCAAGAAGCGUGA